CUCUUUUCAUCUCCAAUCGCUUUCCAUUCAUUCAUCGCAUUGACUCAGUCUUAAAACCCUUUUUAUUGCAUUUUAUUUUUUUCCUUCGAAUUAGUCUUAUGCUACAUUAAAGUCUUAUGCUACAUUAAAGCGACUCCGCGAUGACGCAUCCUCUCAGCCAGCCCGCCCCAACCGCUGCUCAGCUGCAAGCAAUAUGGAAUAAGCACGCCGCGCCAGCCCACAACGCAUCAACCACGCACCCCGUCUUUUUUACAGAGAGGCUGCGUAAGCCAUCUCUUGCUUCGCCGACUACAGCGUCAGCUGCGGUGUUCAGUCCUGUGGCGCAGGGCUACGUCUAUCAGGACGCGCGGAGCGGUGCGAAUGCGCCCAAGUUAUGAGUGAAGGGGGCAUUUUAUCUACAGUAAGCUUGCGGUGGUGCAGAAGA